AUGUCUACUUUAUUUUUAGGAGUUAUAUUACUGAAGAAGGUCUCAUUGUCCCGAAAAAUGGCAAGUUUCCAAAGCCCAUCUCUUUCAUCUGCAAAACUAAAACCAUUGAGCCCGUUUGUGUCAAAGUUAAAGGUUUUGCUAAGCGAUAGCAAGUACCAAGAUGCCAUACGGUGGUCGGUUAAUGGCGAAGCAAUUGUCAUAUUCAAUGCGGACACUUUCAAACGAAUAGUUUUGGACAAGACGGCGGAAAUGUUCAAGACGAAAAACUUCACAAGUUUUGUUCGCCAGUUAAAUUUGUACGGCUUCCGAAAGGUACCAACAAACGGAAAGUCUGACCCGAACAAGAAUAUGAAAUUUGAACAUCCCCACUUCGUGCAAAGCAAGCCGCAAAUGAUGCACCUGGUUCAAAGAACCUGCUCUUCCAGCAAGAAGCGAAAGACGGGUGGUGACAUAUUGCGUCCUCUUUAUGAUGACAAAGUCUCUCGGAGUCAACCAAGAGCGGGCAGAAAAAGCGAAAGUCAUGCAAGGGAAAAGGCAGCUUGGCUCAAUGAUUAUUAUCAACAAGCGACCAAGAAACAAGCAAGCAAAUUGUCUACGCCGUCCAAAGGAAACGAACUCGCUGUUUAUCAAGAUGAGGAAGCGUUCGAAGACAACGAACAACUCGCGUUGGAGUAUAUGUACCAGAAAUUCAAAGAAGAACAACACGCCGUUCAGCUGUUGAUGUAUUUAAAGUAUUCCCCACCAAAUCCCGAAGUCUUUCCCACUGGCGUUUGGGAGCCACAAUUACCACAACUUCAGGCAAGACACUCUGUGGUAUAUACAGGAUCUCAACACUUACCAAACACCAGGCUAUGUCACUGCCUGAGUUGCCCACCAGUAUACGAGUCGACUGAACCAACCAGCCAGACAAGAUUAAUUUGA